UCUUAUUGGGUCCAUAGUUUAUUUCUGACAGGCAAAGAAGUAAGAUUUCAAACAAAGAAGUAAUAUUGUCGUGUGGUCGGCGAUUUUUGACUUGAAAAUGACAGAACAGAGAGUAUACAUCAAAUUUUGCGCUAAAAAUGUAAUAAAGUGCAGUGAAGUGGUUAAAAUAUUGAAGGUUUUUGGCAAAGAUGCUAUAUUGCAACCAAGGGUUUACAAAUAGUGCAAACGUUUCCAAAAGGGCUAUAAGAAAGUUGAAAAUGCCAAGAGAGUUGGGCAUCCAAGCACAGCAAUAACUGAUGAAAAUGUGGAAAGAAUUAAAAACAUUGCGCUUAAUAAUCGCAUAAUCACUAUAAAGGAGGUUACUGAGAAAGUUUGUAUCUCAUACGGAUCGUGUGCAGCAAUUUUUAGUAAGGGGCAUGAAAUGAGUGGCAGCCAAAUUUAUUCCAAAAUUAUUGAAUUUUCAACAAAAUCGACAUUGCAAAAAUAUCGCGGAGGAAAUGUUGGUUGACGUUGCUGACGUCCCAGAAAUUAUUGAAACGCGACACAACAGAUAUUUCAGAUAAUACGUCGCCAAUAAACUGGUUUUGUGUAACACGGAGUAUAUAGCCAGAAAACACCCAAAGGCUAAAAUGAUAUCCGAGGGCACUCGGAUGCCCCUGAAUGCAAUCCUGAAGAAAGAAAGGGAAGAGAUGAAAAAAGUUUAGCUGAAGAAACAAACUGUUUAGGCCCAGUUCUACAACUUAACCAAGUUUAACCAGAACUUAAUUCAUAUUAUCCAAUAGGGGAAUGUUUAAAACAUAUUAAUCUGAUCAUCGAGUACCGAGUAAAUUAUUAUUAUGUGAUAAACUUAAUUCUUGCCGCUCGCUACUAGAGAGCGCUGAUUCCAAUACUGAUGAGUAUUGACGAUAAAGUCGCAUGUCUUUUAUACAUAGCUGAAAGUGAUUUAGUUUUUAUACAUUAAGUUUCUCAAAGCCAAAGAGAUUUUUCAAAUCAUUGAAAAUGAACCGUGAUAAGCUGUUUUUCCGAAGUCAGCUUCUUGACUACUUUAACCUCAAGAAAACUGCAACUGAAACACAUCGCUUAUUAUUCAAAGUGUAUGGUAAUAAAGCUCCAUCAGAAAGAACGUGUAGAGCUUGGUUUGAGCGCUUUCGAAACGGCAAUUUUAAUGUGAGAGACAAACAACGUCCCGGACAACCAAAAAGAUUUGAAAAUGUCCAGCUGCAAGAAUUGCUCGAUGAGAAUUCAUCUCGAUCGCUUGUAAAGUUAUCGAAAGUGUUAAAUGUUACUCCAAUGGCUGUCUCAAGACGCUUGCAUGCCAUGGGAAAAAUUUAUAAGGAAGGAAAAUGGCUACCACGGCAAAAAAAUGUCAAAACCGAGAUAGAUUCAUGUGAAGAUAUCGAGACUAACGAACAUUUGUACGCUGACUGCGCUGAUCAUCUCAACGAAAUGAACAGUAGGAAACAGACAAUACAGGCUGAUGACAGACCAUUGGGAUUCAGAAGAGGGUUGGAAGCAGACAAGAUCCUCGGCUCGGCGGAUGAUAACGGAGAGUUGAUGUAUUUGAUACAAUGGAAAGGAACAGACGCGGUUGACAUGGUGUCCGCCAAGGAAGCCAAUGCCAAGUGUCCUCAGAUCGUUAUUCAAUUUUAUGAGGAUAGGAUAACUUGGAGUAAAGCAAAAAUAAAAGUCUGAACCGCUUGACUUUUAUUGUGUGAUUUAAAUGUAAUAUGUAACUUUAAAUAUUAUGACUUUGCCAGUAAUAUUUAUAUUCCAUUUGAAAUACGUAAUAAUUAAAUCUUUUUUUAAAAUAUUGUUUAUUUAAUUUUAUUCAACUUUGAUAUUGAUACCAUACUUUGGCAGUGUAUCCUUUUUAAUUGGAUAUUUAUAUGUAUUUGCAAUAUUUCCUAUUUCUUUCUUCAUUCGCAAUCUAUAGUAUGGAAAAAUUAAUUUCACUAAGUACUAUCCCAUUUAUCUGUGCAAUUAUUAAAAUGUUUUAAAGAAAAAUAUUUCUUAAUUUGUCAGAAAAAUAUAUAAUACACGAAAUAAUUUAAAAUAUG